AGGAGAGUGGAGGGCCUCACGAAUCGAGUGUUUGAAAUGCAGGCGGCUCCGUCCUGCUACGGCAGCAUGGUUGCUAGCACAUCAGAAGAAGUCACAACAUCCACAUUAUCGCGGGGACCAAUGACCAUGUCUGUAUCAAAAUCUAACAGUCAAUUUAUUGAGGCUCCUGCUUUUUUCUACGAUAUGGACACUGAUUUGAAGGAUUUGAAAACCGCACUAAAAGACGUGGAUUUACUAAACGACUCUGGCUACCGAUCGGUAAUGGAACGAUCCACUCAUCCAUUUGCGACGAGUCUAGUUUUCCACGAAGACAAUGGCUUCGAUUCUGAAGACGACGCAACGGACGAGCAUUGGGAUGGGUAUCUCACAGUGGGAGGUGACCGAAUUAAAAUUCGCGACAUGUCCGACAUCCUGGCGACUAGAUACGCUUUCAUUUCUGGAGCUCGCACCACUGAAGGAUUGACAAUUGUAACGUUUCCGGACUCUAGAUCGACGCUUCCUUUUGAAGACUACUCACUUCUUGUGAAGUAUCUUUUGCAAGUUCCUCCCCUGGAGGACAGCCACAAGGGUUUUGUGAUAAUAAUCGAUCGCCGGAGUGACAAGUGGUCUUCCGUACGGACUUUACUACUUCAGAUUUCUUCAUUCUUCCCUGGAAAAAUCUGUGUGACGUUUGUUAUCAAGCCGGAAGGCGUUCUACAGCGUGCUCUUGAAGUUGGGUAUCGUGGAGCAGCCGACACUUGCUCAUUUCAGGUGAUCCAACUCGAAUCGUCGGCCGAACUUCGGAAAUACAUUCAUCACGAGUUUUUGACAAUGGAUGUCGGUGGCCUUAUCAAGUAUAACCACUUGGAAUGGGUGCAGCACAGAAUGGACAUUGAACGAAUGAAAGCGUCUGCAACAGCCAUCGCUGCUUCUCUUACCGAAUUCGGAAAAACCUUGCGAGAAACUGAACUACCUAAUGAUGCGGACAGUACAGCACGGAUAUUGGAGCUUCAGACUGCCGAAAAGAUGGCUAUUAAGGAAGAAUUCAAAAUUGCUGUCCGAAAGGGCUUCACCUUGCUCAAGUCCGUCAGGCAGCUGGAUAAGAAGCCGACACCUGAACAACUAUCGCCGACUCGGCUCCAUAAUGUGACGGCAAUUGAGCGAAUGCUGGUUCAAUUGGAAGAGACAGAGCGAAGCUUUGAUUCAUUUUGGACAAAACACGAACGUCGCUUGAGAUAUUGCCUUGAACUUCGGCAAUUUGAGGAUAGUUUCAGAAAGCUACAAGCCGCGUUUGCUCGCCACAUGCUUUACUUGGAGGAGCAUCGAGAAGUCGGCAACUGCACCGAAAAAGCUUUACAUCUCGCGGAACAGCACAGACAAUACGCAGAAGGCGCGAUGGAAGAAGUUGAAGCCUCGCGAAAUCUCAAAAAAGCCGGAGAAGAUCUCAUCAACUCGAAUGAAGCCGAGCUUUCGGGGAGUUUAGAGCCAAAGUGUGAGGAACUGGAGAGGAUGGCCGCUGCACUGACAUCUGCUUUGGAACGUCGAGGCGAUUGUCUUAAACGAAGUGCAACGAUGCAUGAACAAAUUGCAAAGGCAAACUCAUGGUGCACUCGAGGCGCAGACUUGCUGACCAAUGGAAUGACAGACUUUACAAAUCCAAAUCCAUCUUCUUCUUUAACUACACUUGAUGCAUUUAUUGAGGAAGGGACUAAUCUGAAUAUCGAGUUUCUCAAGGAUACUACUUCCCCAAUGAAUCAGUUACUUCUACUGACAACAAUCGAAACUUCAACUCUUCUUAACCUGAUCGAAGAACGCAUUGGAGACAUUCGAAGAAUGUCCCUUGCCAAACGUGACCAGCUCACCAAACUGCACCUCCAAAAGCCUCCACCAGUACAAGUCGUCACUCCGGAAAAAAAGAGCAAAAAGAAUAGUAGCAAAAACGAGCUCGACAGCAAAGAUGUCCCUAGCUGCUCGGGAGAAUCGACACCAGCCGGAACACUCAGCCCAAGACGAGAGACUCGAGAAGUGACGAAUGCGUUUGAUGAAAUGAUUGCGACCGAAAUCAGUUAUGUUGCCGAUUUGAAAGAUAUCAUUAUUCACUACUUGGAGCCAUUUGAGGCGACUGAAAAUCAGAAUAGUCUACCAGACACACUUCGUGGAAAGCCUGACUGUCUCUUUGGCAAUGUUCGUGAGCUCUACAAAUUCCAUCAUAGAACUGUGCUGGAAGAUUUGGUUGCCGCGAGAUCUACAGCUGAGAUGUGUCGUGUUUUGAUGCAGCAUCGCAAUCAAAUCUAUGUCACUUAUCGAACCUACUGCCAAAUUCACGGAUCAAAUCAAAAAGUUCGUGAUUCUGUAAAAAAUCACCCAUUCUUCAAAGAGUGCCAACGAAAUGCCAAUCACAACAUGGACAUGAGCUCCUACCUCUUGAAACCCAUUCAACGCAUAAUGAAAUACCAACUUCUACUUGGAAAUAUUAUGGACGACUGCCCAGCAGAUGUUCGGGAUGAAGUCGCAAUGACUCGUGACAGUAUGGUUGAGCUUCUCAAUCAAAUUGACGCCUCUAUGCAACAACUCCACAUUUCCGGAUACAAUGGAGAUCUGAAAUCGCUCGGACUGCUUCGUCUUCAAACGGAAUGCGAUGUGUUCACCUACAAUAGGAAGAAGAAGGCCAAGCUGUCACGUGCUCAGAAAAGAUUCAUCUUCUUUUUUGAUGGAGCCGUUAUGUUCUGCAAGAAACGCGUCAGCAAUCCAGGAACUACUCUCAACUCGGAGCCUGAAUACUUUGAGCACAAGUUCUGUAUUCCGAUCAUCUCUCUGGGCUACGAUACAUCUUCUCGCACUGGCGCCUCACGAUUUGAAGUUUGGGACGACGCGAAAACCGACGCCUACGUCAUUGAAACUAUUGAUCAAACGGCUCGCACCAAAUGGAUUCAGCGUCUCGGAAAAAGUGAGACUGCACAAGACGCUUGCCUGGAAAACAGGCAAAGGCCAAAGAGCUGGGCGAGCACUGUGUCGAACGAGAGUUCGUGCUCGUCGAGCACCCGUGAAUCGGACAGCACUGAUAGCACAAUGGACACCAAUGGGAAUACACAGACGACGCAAGUGGACGUUCCUUACUCGCCAACGUUGGACAGUUCAAUUGAUUUAUCCUUUCAGAUGGACACUACCACACCGCUCAGAACAUCUGAAAUCAACAAUGAAGUGGAGCUUGUCGAUAGCUGUUAAAACACGUUAAAACUAUCAAUUAUUGACAUUGAAUUAUUGAAUUUGUAAAAAAAAAAGAGUUCAAAUCCUCCCAACCUCCGUUUUAUAUAUUUUAAAUAUACUAUUUUCUGAACCAGUUCCAAUGGUUUCCUGUUCAACUCUCUAAUGCCCUCUCCUAUGGUUUGCGGGUAUCAACUAUCACUAGAUAGGCGUUCUUCUUCUUUUUUUUUAAAUGUAACGGUAACACUUUGUUAACUAAAAUAGUGACAGUGUGCUCAUUAUCUCCCACUCUUUGUUUUUACUGUCUAGAUUGUUUAUGUCGCCUCGUUUUUUUUCCUUCCUUCCCCCCGGUUAUCAGCCGGUCUGUGAAUCUGUACGAGUUUUUUUUUUCGUAGCUUACUACCAGUUUUCUCCCUCCACCGUCAUUCAAUGAGUAUUCACUAACAUUUUUAAAAUUUUAAUCUUUGUAUUUCAUCUCUUCCAAUAAAUUUAAU